GCAGGAUUCGGGGUUUUGGGGCUCCCACCUGAACCGGGCCCCGAAAGCCCCCGGGGGGAGCCGGGCCCGGAGCCCCCGGGCGGGAAUCACGGAGCUCUACGGGAUGAGGCUCAAAGCCAGACUGGGAACGGCCGCCAAGGAGCCUCCUCUGACCCCAAAUCCCCGGAGAACCCCGAAACCUCCCCGGGCCCAUCCCACCCCGGAGCUCGGAGCCGAAACCCCCUCGGAAAAUCCCGAAAAACCCGAGGAUUCCCAAAAAUCCCCCGAGCUGCUCCUUGCUCCCGGAACGGCCCCAAAUCCCGAUUUUUCCGACGUUGCCGAAAAAUUCUGGCGGCUGCGGAGCCGCGUGGGCCGGACCCUGCGCUCGCUGGACCCCGCCUGGAUCCGCAGGUGCCAGGAAUUCCCGGAAAAACAGCCGGAAUUCCGGGAAUCCCUCGGGAAUUCGGGGUUGAAACAGCGGGAAUUCCAGGAAUCAAGCCCCGAAUCCCUUGGGAAUUUCGGGAGGAAGCAGCGGGAAUUCCGGGAAUCCCUCGGGAAUUCCAAGAGCAAGCAGCGGGAAUUCCGGGAAUCGAGCCCCGAAUCCCUCGGGAAUUCCGGGAGGAAGCAGCGGGAAUUCCGGGAAUUGGAGCCCGAAUCCCUCGGGAAUUCCGGGAGGCAGCAGCGGGAAUUGGACCCCGCAUCCCUUGGGAAUUCGGGGUUGAAGCAGCGGGAAUUCCGGGAAUCGAGCCCCGAAUCCCUCGGGAAUACUGGGAGGAAGCAGCAGGAAUUCCAGGAAUCCCUCGGGAAUUCGGAGAGGAAGCAGCGGGAAUUCCGGGAAUCGAGCCCCGAAUCCCUCGGGAAUUCCGGGAGGAAGCAGAAGCAAACGGAAUUGGACCCCAAAUCCCUCGGGAAUUUGGGGAGGAAGGAGGAGGAAUUCCAGGAAUCCCUCGGGAAUUCGGGAAGGAAGCAGCAGGAAUUCCAGGAAUCCCUCGGGAAUGCGGGGAGGAAGCAGCCGGAAUUCCGGGAAUUGGACCCCGAAUCCCUUGGGAAUUCCGAGAGGAAGCAAAUGGAAUCGGACCCCAAAUCCCUCGGGAAUUUGGGGAGGAAGGAGGAGGAAUUCCAAGAAUCCCUCGGGAAUUUGGGGUUGAAACAGCAGGAAUUCCGGGAAUCGAGCCCCGAAUCCCUCGGGAAUUCCGGGAGGAAGCAGCGGGAAUUCCAGGAAUCGAGCCCCGAAUCCCUCGGGAAUUCCGGGAGGCAGCAGCAGGAAUUCCGGGAAUUGGAGCCCGAAUCCCUCGGGAAUUCCGGGAGGCAGCAGCGGGAAUUGGACCCCGCAUCCCUUGGGAAUUCGGGGUUGAAGCAGCGGGAAUUCCGGGAAUCGAGCCCCGAAUCCCUCGGGAAUACCGGGAGGAAGCAGCAGGAAUUCCGGGAAUCCCUCGGGAAUUCCGAGAGCAAGCAGCGGGAAUUCCGGGAAUCGAGCCCCGAAUCCCUCGGGAAUUCCGAGAGGAAGCAGCGGGAAUUCCGGGAAUCGGAGCCUGAAUCCCUCGGGAAUUUUGGGAGGAAGCAGCGGGAAUUCCAGGAAUCCCUCGGGAAUUCGGGGUUGAAACAGCAGGAAUUCUGGGAAUCAAGCCCCAAAUCCCUCGGGAAUUCCGGGAGGAAACAGCGGGAAUUCCGGGAAUCGAGCCCCGAAUCCCUCGGGAAUUCCGAGAGGAAGCAGCGGGAAUUCCAGGAAUCGAGCCCCGAAUCCCUCGGGAAUUCCCAGAGGAAGCAGCGGGAAUUCCGGGAAUUGGAGCCCGAAUCCCUCGGGAAUUCCGGGAGGCAGCAGCGGGAAUUGGACCCCGCAUCCCUUGGGAAUUCGGGGUUGAAGCAGCGGGAAUUCCGGGAAUCGAGCCCCGAAUCCCUCGGGAAUACUGGGAGGAAGCAGCAGGAAUUCCAGGAAUCCCUCGGGAAUUCGGAGAGGAAGCACCAGGAAUUCCGGGAAUUGAGCCCUGAAUCCCUCGGGAAUUCCGAGAGGAAGCAGCAGGAAUUGGACCCCGAAUCCCUCGGGAAUUUGGGGAUGAAGCAGCGGGAAUUCCAGGAAUUGGACCCCGAAUCCCUUGGGAAUUUGGGAAGAAAGCAGCAGGAAUUCCAGGAAUCCCUCGGGAAUUCGGGGAUGAAGCAGCAGGAAUUCCGGGAAUCGAGCCCCAAAUCCCUCGGGAAUUCCGGGAGGAAACAGCGGGAAUUCCGGGAAUCGAGCCCCGAAUCCCUCGGGAAUUCCGGGAGGAAGCAAAUGGAAUUGGAUCCCAAAUCCCUCGGGAAUUUGGGGAUGAAGCAGCGGGAAUUCCGGGAAUUGGAGCCCGAAUCCCUCGGGAAUUCAGGGAGGAAGCAGCAGGAAUUCCAGGAAUUGGAGCCCGAAUCCCUUUGGAAUUCCGGGUUGAAGCAGCAGGAAUUCCGGGAAUCCCUCGGGAAUUCGGGGAGGAAGCAGCAGGAAUUCCGGGAAUCCCUCGUGAAUUCGGGAAGGAAGCGGCCCCGGGACGCCGCCGGAGCCGCCGGAGCUCCGGCCAAGCUCCGCAGAGGCUCCGAGCCCGGAAUUCCGGGGCCGAGGCCGCGCCGGGAGGAGGAGGAGGAAGAGGAGGAAGAGGAAGAGGAAACCCCCAAAGCCGCGCGCAGGGCUCGAGCCCCGGCCCGGAACCGCGGCAAUUUCGUCCGCCUCAACCUGAAGAGAAAAACGUAUACCCGCGGAUCCCAGAAGGGAAAAUUCCUCCGGAAACAGGUUUGGAAGCAGAAAUGGAGAAAAAAGUUCGGGGGCGGAGGCGAUCUCUGUUUCCGGUGCGGCGGGAAAGGGCACUGGGCUUCGGAAUGCCCCGGGAAGGAUUUGGGAUCAUUCCCUCAAGAAAUUCCCAAGGAUGAAGAGCAGGUGCUUCUCACUCUGGAAGAAAUGGCCCAAAGAACCAACGGAGAUUUUAUUCCAGAAAUUCCCGAUGGAUCCGCCACGGAAAAUUCCCAGCUCCCCUCAACUUCCCUGGAUUUCCCUCAGCUGGAAUUCUCCCCCCCACCCCCCAUGGAUCCCCUUUACCCCCCAAACCCCGACGGGACCAUCCCAGAUCCUCCGGAGGAAGUCCUGGAAGCUCUGAGAAUUUUGGGAUACGAUUCCUUCCGCCCGGGCCAGGCUGAGGCCAUCAUGAGGGUCCUUUCCGGAAUCUCCACGCUGCUGCUGCUGCCCACGGGCUCGGGCAAAUCCCUCUGCUACCAACUCCCCGCCUUCCUCUACCACCGCCGUUCCCGCUGCAUCUCCCUCGUCAUCUCCCCGCUCGUCUCCCUCAUGGACGACCAGGUUUCCGGCCUCCCCUCACCCCUCAAAGCCGUCUGCAUCCACUCCAACCUCACCCAAUCCCAGCGCGAAGCAGCCAUAAAAAAAGUCAGGAGCGGCCAAGCCCAAAUCCUGCUAGUUUCCCCGGAAUCUGUGACGGGAUCGGGAUUUUUUUGCCGCCUUUUCCGCCAUUUCCCUCCCGUGGCUUUCGCCUGCCUGGAUGAAGCUCAUUGCAUCUCCCAAUGGUCCCACAACUUCCGACCCGCUUACCUCAGGGUCUGCAAGGUUCUCCGGGAGCGUUUGGGCGUUCGGUGCUUCCUGGGCCUCACAGCCACGGCCACGAUGGCCACGGUUCGGGACGUGGCCGAACAUUUGGGGAUUCCGGACGGAAAAUCUGUGGUCGGCGGCUUCGGGAUUCCCGAAAAUCUGCGGCUCUCGGUGUCCGUGGAGGCCGACCAGGAUCGGAUCUCCCAGGUUCCCGAGUGGCGCCUGAUGUUCCUGAUCUCCCAGGUUCCCGAGUGGCGCCUGGUGUUCCUGUUUCGCAAGAUCUACCAGGUUCCCGAGUGGCGCCUGGUGUUCCUGGUGAAGAACUUCCCGGUGGGGCAGCGGGUGCUGGUGGAUUCCUCCUUCGGGCAGCCCCCGGCCGAGCCCCGCAAGGACGAGAGGGGCGAGAGGGAGCUGCCCCACGUCAGGGAGCUGCUGCUGGUGGGGCUGGGCCGCGCCCACAGCCGCCCCUUCCUGCUGGUGCACGUGGAGCAGGAGCUGCUCCUCUACGAGGCCUUUGCCCACGACUCCCAGCUGGGCCAGAGCAACCUCAAGGUUCGCUUCCGCAAGGUGCCCCACGGGAUCAAUUUCCGGGAGAAGAAGCCGAAGCCGUCGCGGAAGAAGCCGGAGGGGCCGGGGGCGGCUCCCGGGGGGGCUCCGGGCGGGACCCCCGAGGAGCCGGGGGGGCCCCGGGGCCGCGUGGCGCGCUUCCGCCCCUUCCACGACAUCUACGGCUACUCGGGGGUGUUCAUCUGCGGCCCCUCCCCGCACUGGGUGCUGCUGACGGGCCGGGGGGCGCUGCGCCUGCACCCCAUGGGCAUCGACGGCCCCGUGGAGUCCUUCGCACCUUUCCACAACGUCAACUGCCCCAAGGGCUUCCUCUACUUCAACCGCCAGGGUGAGCUGAGGAUCAGCGUGCUCCCCGCGUACCUGUCCUACGACGCGCCCUGGCCCGUGCGGAAGAUCCCCCUGCGCUGCACCGCCCACUACGUCGCCUACCACGUGGAGUCCAAGGUGUACGCGGUGGCCACCAGCUCCCCCCACCCCUGCACGCGCAUCCCGCGCAUGACGGGAGAGGAGAAGGAGUUCGAGAGCAUCGAGAGAGACGAGCGCUACGUGCCCCCGCAGCAGGAGGCCUUCAGCAUCCAGCUCAUCUCGCCCGUCAGCUGGGAGGCCAUCCCCAACACCAGGAUCGCGCUGGAGGAGUGGGAGCACGUCACCUGCAUGAAGACGGUGUCGCUGCGCUCCGAGGAGACGGUGUCGGGCCUCAAGGGCUACGUGGCCGUGGGCACCUGCCUGAUGCAGGGCGAGGAGGUCACCUGCCGGGGCAGGAUCCUGAUCCUGGACGUGAUCGAGGUGGUGCCCGAGCCGGGGCAGCCGCUGACCAAGAACAAGUUCAAGGUGCUCUACGAGAAGGAGCAGAAGGGACCCGUGACCGCCCUGUGCCACUGCCACGGCUACCUGGUGUCUGCCAUCGGGCAAAAGAUCUUCCUGUGGAGCCUGAAGGACAACGAGCUGACGGGCAUGGCCUUCAUCGACACGCAGCUCUACAUCCACCAGAUGAUCAGCGUCAAGAGCUUCAUCCUGGCCGCCGACCUCAUGAAGAGCAUCUCGCUGCUGCGCUACCAGGAGGAGAGCAAGACGCUGUCCCUCGUCAGCCGGGACGCUAAGCCGCUGGAGGUCUACAGCGUGGACUUCAUGGUGGACGGCAGCCAGCUGGGAUUCCUGGUGUCCGACCGCGACCGGAACCUGCUGGUCUACAUGUACCUGCCUGAAGCCAAGGAGUCCUUCGGGGGGCUGCGGCUGCUGCGCCGCGCCGACUUCCACGUGGGGGCGCACGUCAACACCUUCUGGCGCACGCCGUGCCGCGGGCACGCCGAGGGGCCCAACCGGCGCAACAGCACCUGGGAGAACAAGCACAUCACCUGGUUCGCGACGCUGGACGGGGGCCUGGGGCUGCUGCUGCCGAUGCAGGAGAAAACCUACAGGAGAUUGCUGAUGCUGCAGAACGCGCUCAGCUCCGCCCUGCCGCACCUGGCCGGCCUCAACCCGCGGGCAUUCAGCGGCGGCGAUGGGGAGGGGCCGGUGGCGCGGGGCCAGCCAAUCCCGGCCCGCCCGGCACCGGCACCGGCACCGCACCGGCACCGGCACCGUGCCCGAACCGGCACCGCACCGGCACCGCACCGGAACCGCGCCCGAACCGGCACCGGGACCGGGACUGCACCGGAACCGGGACUGCACCGGCACGGGGACCGGGACCGCACCGGAACCGUGAACGGGACCGCACCGGGACUGCAGCGGGACCGCACCGGAACCGGCACCGGCACCGCACCGGGACUGCAGCGGGACCGCACCCGAACCGGGACCUGCACCGGCACCGGGACUGCAGCGGGACCGCACCGGAACCGGCACCGGCACCGCACCGGGACUGCAGCGGGACCGCAGCGGGACCGCAACGGAACCGGGAGCACGCCGGGAUGGAACCGGGAUCGGGACCAGGACCGCCCCGGGACCGCAUUAAAACCGCACCGGAACCGCACUGGACCGGCACCGGAACCGCAACCGAACCGGGACCGGACUGGGAUGGAACCGGGACCGCAGCGGGACUCAGACCGGGAGAAAACCGGGACAGGACCGGGAUGGAACCGGGACCGCAGCGGGACUGCAUUGAAACCGGACCGGGACUGCAGCGGAACCGGACCGGGACCGCAGCGGCACUGCGGGUGUCGGAACCGGCACCGCACCGGAACCGCAGCGGGACUGCAGCGGAACCGGCCCGGGACCGCAGCGGGGUCACCCGAGGCACCGGGAACGGCGCCAAGAGCGGGCACCGGCACUGCGGGGCUCCGAACUGGACCGGAACCGCGCCGGGAACGGCUGCGGCAGCGGGACAGAACCGGGACCGACCCGAGACAGAACCGGGACCGACCCGAGACAGAACCGGGACCGACCGCAGCACCGGGAACGGCGCCGGGAGCGCAGCGGGGUCGCCUGCGGCACCGGGACCGCAGCAAACGGGGACCGGCACUGCGGGCAUUGCUCCACACCGGGCCGGAACCGGGCCGGAACCGGGAAUCAGAGUAG